AUGCGUGAAAUGCCGCAGUACCUUGUUCCACUAGCGGUCUCUUUCUGGUGAGUGCAUGCAUUUUGAUUGGUGCCCUCGUUUCUGGACAGUGAACGAUCACUGCAAAUGUUAGUAAUUUUGACGCCCUGGUCCAGGAGUGGGGUUUUGGAAGACACUGAAGGUGGAAAGCAUCUUACUUAAACCGAAGAGUCUGAUAUGCCAUAUCGAACGCUCUACUCACAAUACGGCAUAGUAGAACCAGGGGUACCGCGUGGGUUGGUGGCGUAGCUGGGUCUGCUAGUUGCUAGGGUCUUCAAAGACUGCUUUGUUAGUUGUGGCGGUUACCUAGAGAGUUAAAGAUAACGUUCAGUUGUUGAUUACUAUUCAGUGACCAAAAGCGCGCUUUUGUGUAAGCAGUGAGUAGUCACUGGGCUGCUAAUCAGAAUUACUGAGCAUUUGCCACUGUUUCCAGUUGGUCAGCGUCUUUUAAAGUUUGGAAGUCGCCUCAUAGACGUCUCAGUUCUCGUGUGAAAUGCGAUGGUGAACCCAUUUCAAUAAUACUUACCCACUGGCUCCCGCUAUAAUUUCGCACUUGCAAUCGGUGCCAUCUCCUAGGUGAUCUGUUUUCUCCUGCCAACACAAAAUUUCUCUCUCAACUGCCUUCCGUGAUUCAUAUUCCCUCUUCUCUGAUAAGGCCGUCCACUUUAACACAUGAAAUCCCUUUUCCAUAUAUACCAGCAGCGAAAGUCGCUCAUGUGAAACUUCCUUUAUUUCCACAACUAGGUGGACAUAAAAAUGCAGAAGAGCUUUAUGUUAGCCAUCACUUUUUAACUAAGUUAAACCGUUCCUUAUUCAAAUUGAAUUGGCCGCACUUGGCCUUACAUUACACCUUAAAUAGACAUUUUUUUGGAAUCUACCAACAGGAUAUGUACGCAUUGCUCAGGUCCGCCCUUUUUUUGCUCUCCAGUCCGAACGCUGUUAAAAAUAGGGCUGUUAGCCCCUCAGGAAAUGUCUUGCUGGAUUCGAAUCCUCCGUCCAUUUCUAUUUCCAAAGGAGCGAAACUUGUACAGUGCGUGGCCGAUCUCAUUAAAUGUUGGCCGAAAUUCUGAACUGCGUUUUCGACCAGGAAGCAUUACUUAGGUGGGGUUGUAAAAGCGAUUAUCAUGCGGCAUAAUCCUAUAAUAUUUCGGUUUUGCAAGGAUGUCGGUUUUUGAAUGCACUUCUUUCUGACCUUCCGCAGAAACCUUACUCGUUAAAAAAAUGACUACUUAAGUGGAAUGCAUUUUUCACAUUGAUUUUCGAUAGUUUUGCGAAUUCAAAUAUAUUUUAUAGGAAACACGCACACAAAUAUGCUUUAUUUUACUCGUUUGGUAGAACCCACACUGUCUUUGUAUUUUAUACCCUAAGGAAGGCUAUCUUUUUGGUUUUUAAAAAAAUGUUUUUAAUUAUGAGGUCUUUAAGACCGUGCGAUGACCGUAUAUACGGCAUCGCACGCAUAGAGGAAUACAUGAUUUUCCUUACGCGGAACGUAUGCGGCUUGUAGACCGAAGUCGCUAAACGCUAGUGCAACGACUGAUCAGACUCAAAAUUAUUCGGGAAUUUGGAAACUUUUACAAAACCUAAAUCUGCACUUUUUCGGGUUCAAAAUAUAACGACAGUAAAAUAAAGCAUAUUUUUUUGUGAAUGUGUUCUAUAAAAUUUAUUUGAACUUGCAAGACCACCGAAAAUUAAUGUGCAAAAUGCACGGUACUUAAGUAGUCAUUUUUUAUCGCGAACAGUUUCUGGGAACGGUCAGAAAGAAGUGUAUUCAAAAGCAAACGUCCUGGCGAGUCCGAAAUACUAUGCUGCAUAAAAAUUAAUAUUACAACGCCACCGUAUGAAUCCUUCCUAGUCGUAAGUGCAUUUCUGAAUUUCGGCCAACAUUUCAUGAGAUCGGUCAUGCACUGUAUAGUGGCCGCUCCACAGCCCACAUAAGGAGCACUGUUUGGUGCACUAUAGUGUCCCGCAUGCGAUCGCUGAGCUCUUAAUCUCGACCGUGUGCAUAUUCGGAUACAUUCUGGAAUUGUAGCUUCGCCGACAGUGUUCUGGCAGUGUGUACGGCCUUUUCAGCUGGAGAAUCGCUUGGCCCGUUCAGUACAGACCAUGAAUAGGGUCGGCGCCGAAAUUCGGUUAAAAGUUUUAGGUAUGCCCUCAUGGAACACUGAUUGUUGUGAGGUUUUAAGGCUCUUCAUCGACGAUCUCGGUCAGUCAUGAUGGCCUCACUCGAAGGAAUGGCUGCUUAGGUAACGCGAAAACCUUGCGCUGACACCCGGAAACGCGGUACUACUUGGUCAAAAAAUUAUCACCCCCGUACUGUUAUUGAUUUCAGUAGGCGGUCAUUGACUUGUCACUUUUGUACUAUUAUUGAUUUCAGUAGGUGUUGUACUGCUAGCGGAUACGUUCAAUUUAAAAGUUUGGAUCUGUUGGCAUUCCAUUCUAAAGGGCCCGUAUUUGUAAACGCGCAGCUUGUGUUUUUACAUGCUCGUAACUCGAAAUACUAGACUGCCUGAAUAGACUACCGGGCCUGAUAAGCAGUAUAAGUCAACGCUGCAGACUUUUUUGAGAUUUAAAAUGCCCACUUUUGCUGACCGAGGUACUUUGAUUAUUAAAAUAAGCGCGAUUUUCUGUACGGUUGCGUUUGGAAAUAGGGGUUUUGUUAGUUUCUCCUGCGAAGGUUACUUGUCUUUGUGCUGCCGUCCGAAGUUGAAUUAGAACUAUUUGCAACUUAAUUGAUGAUUUGCAUGAGUAGUAUUGUCUUGGGCCAUCGGACAGGUUGUCGCUGCGAAGUCCGCAACCCUCCGAUUGAGGCCGAGAACCCGCAGAAACAUUAGCCGAAGUCUUGCUGUCUGUAUUCAUGCGGGAAAUAUUACUUAAAUAAGUUGAUUUUGCCAAACGCGUUAACAGCGAGCGUAAUCCUACGUUGAUUCUUACACGAUGGCAGUCUGGCCCCUUAGUGGCCAUUCGCCAAUGAACUCGCGCAGAUCGCACACCAGAAAGAGUCACCACUUAAGUGGGCUGUAUUUUUCCGUCUACCGUAUACAUAUAAUCGCAUCGCCCAAAAAGAAUGCACAAAAGCUCCAUUUCUUGAUUACAUCUUGUUCUAAUUCGAUAUUUUAAGGGAAUAUGUGAUGAGGUGUUAAAAGCGCUCGCUGGCGCCUGCAUGGUUUCAACCAACCCAUACUUUCAUUCGUUUCAAAGGGUCCCAAUCCAGAUGCCAUUCGUUUUUAACCAAAGUAUAUUUACAGGCUGUAGAUGAGCUAACUCAUGAAGUGUUAACUGAAAUUCUGAAAUGCGUUUCUGACUCGAAGACAUUACCAUACAUCAUAAUCUUAAAGUAUUUCAGCUGCUUCGGGAUGACGGUUUUUGUACGAACUUCGUUCCAACCGCCUGCUCGAACUAUAUUUCGUAGAAAAUGACUACUAAAGUAGUAUGCAUUUUUCUCAUUGAUUUUCAACGCCCUUUUGAAUCCAAAUAGGAAACAUAGAAAACAUGUUUGAGAAUAUUCAUUCUUUUAAUUCCCUGGAAGGAAAAUACGUCUUCUUCAAAUUUUAUGCUUGAAGGAAGUGCAUAAUUUGGUUUUAAUAGACAUUCUAAAUUCCCGAAUGAUUUUGAGCCCGACCAUCCGUUGCACUUGCAUCCAGGGUUUCCAAACUGCAGGCUGUGUAUGUUCCAUGCACAGAAAAUCAUAGAUUUCUGCACGCUGCUAAAAGGAAACCAUACAGGGUUCAUAAAGUUUAGCAGUGGGUUCCAGCCAUAUUGUAAACUUUACUAGCAACACUGGUAAUUUCAGAGAGGAUGUUUCAUAAACAGGUAUUUCACGGUCUUAAAAAUCUCGUAAUUAGAAACUUUUAAAAGCAAACUAUACUCUUCUUUCAAGAAUAAAAUUUGAAGAAGACGUGAUUUUCUUCUAAAGAAUUAAAAGAUGAAUAUUCUCAUGCGUGUUUUCUAUGAGAUAUAUUUGGGCUUAUGAGGGCGUCGAAAAUCAAUAAGAAAAGUGCAUGCUACUUUAGCAGUAAUUUUUCACGGAGUAUAGUUUUAGCAGGCGGCCGAAAAAUGUUCGUACAAAAGCCCGCAUCUCAAAGUAACUGAAAUGUCUUGGGCAUUAUGCCGCACGUUAAUUAUUAUUAUAACCCUACCUAAGUGGUCUUUUCUAGUCAAAAAUGCAUUACAGAAUUUCGGUUAACAUUUCAUUAAUUUUAAAAUCUACUGCAUCUCCGUAAAGAUGCCUUCUAGUGCGUAUGAAAUGUAACAGCAAAUAGGACAAUGACCUUCUGAUUUUCAUAAGCACAUUCCUUCCAAAAUCCACCCUUACUGUCAAGUGUAAGUCAGGGAAGACGAUAUUCUGUAUAAAACGGGUGUAAUGAUAUAUACUAAUGCAAUCUUUUGUGCCUUCUGAGUAUUUCAAUAGUAACCGAUCCUAAAUGGUUGCAAAAGGCAAGUGGACAUGCUUACGGUGAAAAACUUUCGAGCCAUCGUAGUUUGAUGUGUCCUGAGCCCAGAAGAACCUCGCAUGAGACCGCCUUUCCGGCAAGAUUGCCAGAAGUAGGCAGGGCUUUCUAACUCCGUCUGUGGCGUCUCUGCGAUUUGGGUUCUCUCAGUGAUUUUUGGCGGGGAAACCGAGAGCUUGUUUAAAUGAUCCUCCGUGGGACGUCCAGAAGUUGGGGUAGUUUGUAAUUUUCCAACAUAUAUAAAGUUGCAAGUUUUGUCUUCAUGAAUGAAUGCUGUAGUUAAUUCGACGCACUUUCGUACACUGAUCACAGAUCUGAUUUGUACUUCCAGUACAACGGUUGUUCAGAUCGAAAGCCAUAUUAGAGGAUAUGCCGAAGAGUUCGCGCAGCUGGUAAUAGCCUCGACGACAGUUCGGUAGGUAAAGCUCACCACAUCCCAGCGAGGGUUCUGCAUUUGUGGAAAUAUCUGAAUUCCUUCCGUCGGUAAAUAAAUCAACCGUAGUUUCAGAUUAUGUUUAACUGGGAUGCAGAACGCUUAGACACCUGGAAAGUCCAAUGGAACACAACGAAGUUCUAACACCGAAUGCUUCGCCUGCAGGUUAUCCAAUAACUUAUAGACUCUCCGGCUCAGUAACCAAAGAUCCCAGACGUUCCAAAUCUGGGGUCGCAUAUGACUGGCUGAUGAAGACUGCUAGGUUAGAAACGGCCACUUCGCGCUCUCCCUUGUCUUAGGCGAUAGCCUCAUCCUUUGUCGAGCACGUCCCAAAUGCGUCGCAUGCAGAUGGCUUCCAGUUUAGUUUAAUAUACCCGCUGAUUUUCCGAUAUGCUGCCAGGAAUUAUUUGUAAAGCAGAACUCCAUUUAAAAGAAGACGAAGGCACGAUCACUGGGACGGUAGAUUUAUUGGCCUUGGCUUUCGAACUCGGACUUGAGCUCAUCACCGGAGACUGCUAGAGUGCAGCAACGUGUGAAAAUUUAUAGUGUUCCGUGCGGGGGGGACUACGUCCGUGGCUAUGUCUGGACUGGAGUCAAAAACCAGUUUAACAGCGAAGAAUUUAGGUCCUUCUAAAGGAAGACUCCCAGGAGCUAGUUUUGACCAAGGUUGGGAUAGGAAGUCUCCCUCUCCCAGCUACUGGACUGACAAAUCCGUUAAAUUUUCUUGUGCUUUCAUAACCGCUGGGCAUCUUGUGCUAUGUUCAGAUCCGCCAGCAAAACCAUGUCUAACUGCCCGCUCCUGAACUAGUAAAUCAGAAAACUGAUCAUGUUUUGUCUGUUUUUUUCUCCUAUUUCUUCGUUCCAGUCUCCUCGGAUUUUUUGUCGUUUACUUUGCGGUCCAGAUCUCGCUGAACUACCGACGCGGCAAGAGGACGCUGCCGCGUACCUGGUUUCGGUGUGGCUGUGUUAAUUCCAUUCGAGUAAGCACUCAGUUUCAGCCCCAUAUUUCUAAAUCCACCUGAUUUGAGUUGUUUUGCAAACCGUUAAAAUGGCCCAUCCUUCGCAAACGACAAGGAACGUCAUCUUCCCAGGGACGCGUCUGUUACUUGCGCGUUAAUUGGCUUGUGGUGGAGAGGACUUUCAAGCGUCUAACUCACUCGCUUCUCGCACACACCGUUUCACGUUUUACAUCGAUGAGAAUUACUAUAAAAAUCACAUUAAAAAGAAACCAUUACAGCAUGCCCCUCCGAAAGAUACGAUCGUUGCAACAAGGGGUUUAUUAGCCUAACUCUUCGGAUUCUCAGACGAACCCGUCAUAAGAGACAGUCGCAGGUAAGGGUGUUGAAGGUACAACGAGUGCAGUAUUUGUAGACAACAGUGGCCACGCCACCACGUGCUUAUUAUAAUUAGCAACUCUCGCAUUGAUCGCUGGGGGUCGUAUUUCGUGCGAUUAUGGCUUGUUAGUCCACACCCGAGUUGUUAAUUGCCGAAAACUAUUCACCCUUGCGUAUUCUUGGCUUUAUAGUUACGGGUCAUUUUCGUGAACAGAUGUACGUUUGUUGGUUGAUGACACAAUUAGGGAGGUGAAUUCGGAGGGAAGGGGGGGGGGGGGUAAAAAUGAAGCAACAUUGGUCGAAGCCAAGUUUUAAAUUCAUAUAAAAGAAUUACCGUAACGAAAGUCUCCCCACUACCAGCGAUGUGGUUUCCGCAGUUGCCGUACGCCGACUUUAGUGGUUUCGCGCGUUUUUUAGUGGUUGAUCUCAUCCUUUCCUUUCCCGUCCGACCCAGGCUGGCGGAAGCUGGGCACCAGUCCAAGAGCUUCAUCAUCCACCGUUACUCGGCAGAUAUUUUUGACGGCAAAAUCUGGAUCGGUCAUCCGUCUUUAGGGAGAUUUCCUUUUUAAGUCCACUUCAGCUGCCCUCGCACCUAUCUGCGAAGCGGAAAAUUGCGUUUCUGCGGGGAUGGGGUUCACCUCCAACACCAUAACAUCAUCAAUGCGAUCAACAUAUGCUGCGCAAGGACCACAACCUACUGCAAUGCCGCGGCGCUCUGCCAGUGCGUGUUAAAGGACUUUGUCUGUUAUGUGCUCGAACAAAUUUUAUGAGAGAACGCAGUCCAGACUGGUUUCGAAUUUUGAACACUCUUCAAUGCCAGCAGGCUUGAGUAAAGCGCGACUACAGUGGUCUCCGACUGUGCGCAACUCGAAUGCCGUGCUUUAUUUCCUCCCGUCCAUUGUUUUGGACGCAACAGGACUGAUCCAUGGUGAUCAGUUCGCCAGAACUUCUCGCCGCUCAUUGUAAAAAGGGACGCCUUCUACCAUCUCAAGUCGUUAAACUGUUUUACGGAUGCAGUGACAAUUUGAUCGAAGUCAGACUGCGUUUUCUCUGAGCACCUUGGGGGCGACUGAAUGUCCCCGGCAUAGUCAAGGUCCGGAACGAAGAAUUUAUACUCUGACCACACGCCUUCCAGUUUACGUAUUGCUGCCUGCUUACAUUUCUAAUGGGCUUUGUCUCUCAGGCACUGAAAGUCUCGUGUGGAGUUGAUUGUCUCUACUGGUUAUGACAAUCAACCUCUUUGGUCUUUGCACAGGACGUUUCGACUGGUUUUCGGCCUCUUGAAGUUUGUUUAGCAGGUUUUAGUGUUAAGGCGGAUACCAGAUUUUACCAGCUUACAGGCGGUAAUCGGUGUCAUGAAAAGUUAACCGGAAUCCUGAAAUUUUGAAUGCUCAGUAAAAAAAUAACUAUUUAAGCAGUAUGUAUUUUUCUAUUGACUUCAGGUGCCCUUAUAAAUUACGAGGUAUUUUAUAGAAAGCAUGCAUAAAAUAUUCACUUUUAUGCUAAUUUAGUAUUCAAAUUCUACGCAUGGAGGGUAUUUGUCAGUUCAGCUCAGUGUAUUUAAGGAAAGCAGGUUUAUGCCUUUGAACUCUUUUUCUUGCAUGCAAAUGCGGAAAAUUACGCACGAGGUGAGGGAAUUACAGUGUCAAGUGGAAGCUCUUGAAUCUACCGUAGAUUGGAAGACUGACAACCUACUUCGGUCUUCUCCCCAAGACGGAGAGUCAUGCUGCCAUGGCUCCGCGAUGUGACUGUUACGGCACUCCCACUCAGUUGAGUGUCCAGUCGUCUCUCCUUCUUUUUAUUGUUUGAAAUCUUGGUCCUUUGUUCGUCUACUAUCACUAUAAACUAAUCCACGCGCAAGUUACCGUGUCUGCUGCACCAUGCUGUGUAUCACACGGUGGACAUCGUCGGAAUCGACGGUCAAACUGUCACAUGUGUGGUUUCACGCCGUGCCGACCACCUGCGGCCUUUACGGCGCUCCCACUCAGUUGAGAUCCAAGCCGCCGCCGCCUCCUUUCUUUCUUGUUGUUUGAAACUCUGGUCCUUUGUAUGGGAACCGGAGCCGUGAUGGUACGCCUAUGUGCAGGUUCACGCCGUGCCAGCCACCUGCGCCCGAUUUCCCCCCCCCCCGGUCUUUCCAACUCUGUCUUGGCACCGGACUCUGGUGGGAGAUGGGGCGACAGAUGCACCCGACGUCACCAUCACCUCGCCCAUCCUGUCGUUGGGCACUGGAUGCACAUCGUCGGAAACGGCAGUCGAACUGUCAUCUGCCACAACGAGCUCACAUUCCUUUUCUAUCCACACAAGGAAUGCUAACACAUUGGUCAGGUGUUCUGUGCGCGCCAAUAUAAGCUCAUCUCCCCUUCCAUUUCAGAACUGCUGCGACCGUAUGUGCAGGCGCGGCAACUACCGCAACGCCCACCAACUUCUAAAUGACGACGACGGCGGUGGCGAGGUACACUUCAUCCCACUGUCCCAGGGCCAGCAAGAGGCGCUAAUUGAGUGCGAAACUGCCCGCACCACGUCGCCAGAAUCACCAUCAGUGCGGCCGCAGCCGCCUGAGGAGGAAGCGGACGAAGCUCUCUUGCAGUUUUAA